UGUCAUGUAGUCUGUAGGUUCCUUCCAAACCUGAAGGUGGCGCCAACGCUUAGAACACGUUCAGUCUCAGCCGCCAUUAAACUAGAAGAAGAGGGGAAGCCUUAUCAUGCUAACACUUCCAGAAUGGGUACACAAGUGAAGGAUGUCAUCAUUAAGCCCGACGCUCCCAGCGCGCUGCUGCUGGAUAAACACGCAGACUACAUCGCCGCCUACGGCUCCAAGAAGGACGACUACGAGUACACGCUGUCUGAAUACCUGCGGAUGAGCGGGAUCUACUGGGGGCUGACGGUGAUGGACCUGAUGGGGCAGCUGCCCCGCAUGAGCCGGCAGGAGAUCAUAGACUUCAUCAAAGCCUGUCAGCACGAGUGCGGCGGCAUCAGCGCCAGCAUCGGACACGACCCGCACCUGCUCUACACCCUCAGCGCUGUGCAGAUUUUGUGCUUAUAUGACAGUGUUGACACGAUUGAUGUGGACAAAGUAGUUGACUAUGUCAAAGGACUGCAGCAGGAGGACGGCUCAUUCGCAGGAGACAAAUGGGGAGAAAUAGACACACGGUUUUCCUUCUGUGCUGUUGCUACGCUGGCGUUACUGGGCAAGAUGAACACUGUAAAUGUUGACAGAGCUGUACAGUUCGUCUUAUCCUGUAUGAACUUUGAUGGAGGUUUUGGCUGCAGACCUGGUUCGGAGUCUCAUGCUGGUCAGAUUUAUUGCUGCACCGGCUUCCUGGCUCUCACUGGUCAGCUGCACCAGGUCAAUGCAGACCUGCUUGGAUGGUGGCUUUGUGAGAGGCAGCUGCCGUCUGGAGGCCUCAAUGGACGACCAGAGAAGCUCCCAGAUGUGUGCUACUCGUGGUGGGUGUUGGCAUCACUAAAAAUCAUUGGCAGGAUUCACUGGAUUGACAAGGCCAAGCUGCGAACAUUUAUUCUGGCCUGUCAGGAUGAGGAAACGGGAGGUUUUGCUGACAGACCCGGUGACAUGGUGGAUCCUUUCCAUACUCUGUUCGGAGUUGCAGGUCUUUCCCUCCUGGGAGAUGAACAGAUCAAGCCAGUCAAUCCUGUACUGUGUAUGCCUGAGGAUGUCCUACAGAGGGUCGGCCUGCAGGUGGACCUCCUCAGCUAGCCCUCGGGCACCUCCAUCACAUACACAUGCAGAUGUCCUGAUGAGCAGCCACCACAGCUGCAUCUUAGGAGUACUGAAGGCCACGACCGGCGUUGUACCAUUAGCUGAUGCCUGCAGAUACAUUUCAGAAACACGUUUUAGUCUCUGCUCACUGAGGACACUAGGCAUCAAGCUGUUUGGACUCGUUUCCUCUCAGCAUGUGUGUCUUUAAACUCUUGACUGCCCAUUAUUGUUAUCAAGUCAGUUUACUUGGGUUUGCUUCAUAAAGACAAAAUGAAACUACAGAGAAUCUAACUCGCAUAUCUCUCUCACAAUGAAAAAAAAUCUUUAGUUAAUGAAUGAGAAACUGUCGCCUUGCUCGUGUCACCUUCCAGUAAGUUACACCUAAUUAGCAGAUUCAGAGAAAGCCUGUAGCUCAUUUCCUCCAAUGUUCAGCUAGUUCAUAACCUGAAUGACUAAGCAACACUCAGUGUCUUUAUUUACAUUUGACCCUGAACACGCAGAUCCAUGGAAUUCAACUGAAGGGGACAAAGGCAGAUACCGUAUUUCUUGUUUCUACCUGUGGCAAACUGAACGUUAGUCAGCACAUUUUCACAAACUUCAAGUUUCUAAUAAGUACUUACCACAUUAAAACCUAUGAAGCGCAUGAACAGUCACCCUGUUUACAGUAGAGUGAUCACACCCACAGCUCGUAGCUCUCACAACAUAUGACCUGUUGCAAACAAUGUUCUUCCAGUAGAGGCUGGAGGUAGGAGACACAGUAUGGUGCUUCUAAUUCCAGUCUUUCAUGCAGUGUGAAUAUAAAUAUGUUCCCUGUCAGUUGUGUAUGUUUUCACUUGUGAUAUAAUAAUAAUAAUAAUGACCCUUCAGUAUCUUAAAAUAAAUAAGAAAGAAAUGUGAGGAAAACCCAGAAGUUCUGUAUCUGUUCUGUUUAACCCAAAACUUUGGAAACUUUUUUAAGAUCUUCAUAUACUGAUGGUAUCUUCUCACAAACAUGGUCCUGGUCCUGGUUCUUUCAUGGUGUUGUAAGCUGUUCUGGCUCUCACCUCAGCUUUCCUUUUCCCAUCUGAAGCCAAACACGCUUAGAAGCAAUAAGGUGGCUGGUUUACCUUGGUUGAAUGCUCUUUCCUUGUAAAGCACGGUUUGAUUUCCUGCAGUGCAGUAGUCAGUCUAACCAUCUAACACUGCUUCCUACCACAAACCGCCCAUGGGGAACUGCCUUUCAUUUUACCUAUGAACCUAUAAUUAAAAUGUUAAAUCGAAGUGUGGUACGAUUAAAGUUGUGCAUUUCCUUGC